AUUAGGUAAUCCCCUGCAAAGCAGAUUAAAAGUUCCAGAGUAUUUCAGUGGGAUCAACCUGCAACAUAAUGUGACAAACCCACUGGAGAGUCGUGUCAGAUCUUUCGACGCCUGCUCUUAUAUUUACAUUUCCCACAGAAGAGUUGAUUUGGUGAUGAAUUCUAGCUCUCCAGCAUCCAGUGCGCUGGCUCCUAUUAAUAACCAGGGGGGGCCCACCACUCCUCGAAAAGGACCCCCUAAAUUUAAGCAAAGACAGACACGUCAAUUUAAGAGCAAGCCACCAAAAAAGGGAGUGAAGGGGUUUGGCGAUGAUAUCCCAGGAAUGGAAGGGCUUGGAACAGACAUUACUGUAAUCUGUCCAUGGGAGGCAUUCAAUCACCUAGAACUACAUGAGCUGGCACAGUUUGGAAUCAUCUAGGAACAGGAGCUGAAUCUUCUUCCAUGUCAUACCAAUUGUUUAACAUCUCUUAGAGUGUCUCAAUGUUAUGUUGGUGACAAUGAACCAAGUAUUAUGUUAUUACGGUAUUUAAUACUAGUAUUCUUGUAUACAUGACAUUUAUCUGGAUGCAAAGCUCUUUGGAGUGAGAGUUGUAUUAGUCGGAUCACGGUAUAAAGAGGAAAGCGCCAGAUCUUCCUUGGGAAUAAUAAGAAUAGCUGUGCACGUCACCUAGUUUUUGAGAAAUUGAUGAUCCUUAGAAGAUGAUUAUGUUUUCUAGCCUUGUUUUCCUGAUGAAAUACACACUAAGUUUAUUAAUGUAGAUUUGUAAAUUAUUGUUGUUGUCUUGUAAUUAUUUGUAAGUGUUCUUAUAUGUACUAGGCUAAAAAUUAAUGUGCCAUGUUCGUAAAGGGCACUUUUUUGUUAAGAUCAAAGUGUGUGUAGUUUCAAUGAAAACCAACAGAAUGUUUCUCCUGGCUGGUCCACAUUUAGACCUUUGUCAUAAAACCGCUAUUCAUAAUUGACUUGCGCACAGGGUCUAAAAUCAUUUAGUUCCUUUCGUAUCAGGGGCUUUCUUUUAAAUUGGAAAACAAAUUGAAUCGUCCAAAAACACAUCUCUCUGUCCCCAGUCCUGUCUGUGCCACCUGCACCCACCCAUGACUUGUAUCUGC